AUGUGGCUGGUUCAGUGGAAGAAGAAGGUCGAGCACACGUUCAAGAAGAUCAAGCAAACGGUGUCCUAUGCCUCCGAGGUGACAGCGUUCGCUGAGAAGGGCAAGGUAAGGAAGAUCACCGGUGUGAAGACCAAGGAGCUGAUGCUCUGGCUCAGCGUUGUCGAGGUCUAUGUUCCCGUGGCCUCGCCGGACAAGGUCACCUUCAAGACCGGCACCGGCCUGUCUGACACCUUCGAUGCCCCUGCCUUUGCGCUUGGAGAAGCACAAAAUUUCUUGGGUCCAUCAUCCAUCACUUUCACUACUAUCUUUGGUCCUACUCGGUUCUUGGACCUCACUCCACCCUUUGACUCACAGCAUGAGGCUGAGGCUCGAGGCCCUGUGGAGGCCAUCGAGAGCCACCGCGCCGGUGCAGAUGUCAUCACCAGAGAUGCCGCAUGCAGGAAGAAGUCGAUUGAGCUGCUUGAGGAGCUCGGCCUCCCCAAGGGACUGCUUCCAACGGAGGACAUCCAGGAGUUCGGGUACAACGGCGAGACAGGGUUCAUGUGGUUGGUGCAGGGGAAGAAGAAGGUCGAGCACACAUUCAAGAAGAUCAUGCAGACUGUUUCCUAUGCCUCUGAGGUGACCGCAUUCGCCGAGAAGAGCAAACUGAGGAAGAUCACCGGCGUGAAGACCAAGGAACUGAUGCUCUGGCUCAGCGUUGUCUAG